AUGGAAUCCUUGAGUGAAACGCAAUGGGACUUGGUGAUUGAGGGCACUGGGUUGAAGCAUUCUUUGCUUGCCUUAGCCCUCUCUCGUUCGAACAAGAAAAUAUUGCACGUCGAUAGUAAUGAGUACUAUGGAGAUGAAGAAGCAGCCUUUAGUUUGCAGGAAAUAGAUGCAUGGGUGAAGCGGUCGGUUUCGCGGAACAGUACAUCAACUUUCAGCAAUGCUUCCGCAGCAUAUGAUUCUGCCCAUAAAGAGAAGCUAAGCUUCUCCAGAGCAUACAAUCUUACCCUCUCGCCACAAAUAAUUUACACGCGAUCACCACUCCUGUCCGCCCUCGUCUCCUCGAAAGUCUACAAACACUUAGAAUUUCAAGCUGCCGGUAGCUGGUUCUUAUAUAACGAUGCAUCACUGAAACGUCUGCCAUCAGGUCGAGAAGAUAUCUUUCAAGAUGACAGUAUCGAUAAUCGCGCGAAGCGAUCGCUGAUGAAAUUCUUGAAAUUUGUCGUGGACUACGAGAAUCAGGUUGACGUCUGGCAAGACAAAGCCGAGAUGGGAUUGUCCCAGUUUCUCGCGGAUGAAUUCAAACUUCCUCAGAAUCUGCAGAUACUCAUUGGAGCUUUGACAUUGUCACUCGACACACUUGAGGAUACAAAAGUGGAAUACGCGCUGCCGAGAAUCCAUAGACAUCUGACAUCAAUUGGUGUUUUUGGUCCUGGAUUUGGAGCUGUCGUACCUAAAUGGGGUGGUGGAGCUGAAAUUGCGCAAGUUGCGUGUAGAGCUGGUGCAGUAGGUGGUGGGGUUUAUGUUUUGGGAACAGGCAUCCGCGAUGAGAAAUGUAUUGAGGAUGACGGCACCACAAUACAUGAAGUCGAGCUGUCGAAUGAUGAGAAGGUUAAAACCAGAUACAUUACUCGAAUUAACAAAGACGCACCUCCCGACCCAACACGAGUUGCCAAAACUAUGGCUAUUGUGUCGUCGCCUUUGAAAACCCUUUUCACUAGUACAGUAGAAGGUUCUCCAGCCUCUGCUGUAUCUGUCAUCGUUUUUCCAACGAAAACCAUAUCAACACCAGAUAUCACUCAAGAUUAUCCAGUGUAUAUCAUGGCUCAUUCCAGCGAAACUGGUGAAUGCCCUGCCGGUCAAUGUAUCCUAUACGCUACUACUCUCCUUCCCGCAUCUUCCACCACGCAGACUGGCAAAUUUCUUUUAGAUGAGGUCAUCUCUAAGUUUCUCGGGACAAACGAGGGUGAUGGUGGACAAGUCCUUUAUAGCGUAUAUUACGAGCAGCAAGGAACCAAGGAUAAACUAGACCUCGCCUUCAAUGAUCUAGUCUUGAAGGAUGUCGAGGAGGAGUGGAAAAGAGUUUCUGAUGGAGAUGAAGAGUCUCCUUUCAUGGUAUUUGAAGAACGGAAUGGAAUGGGUGAUGAUGAUGGCACGGAAUAUUAA